GCGGGCAAGAUCAGGAGUCUAUCUGAGCCGAUCACGGCUUGCGGCCAGCGGAGAGAUAAUGCGGCGGUGCGGGGCGGGAAACUGAUGACUGAAGGACAACGAGCGUAAGAAGUAAGCGGACAAGCAAGGAUAAGAAUAUAAGUGCGAGCUGCCUUGAUUCUGGCCAACGUUCCAACUCGUGAAGCUCACUUGCUCAAACUCACUGCGUGUGAUAGACUCACAGUAGGCAGCAAUCCACACUGAACCAAUCACUUGAUCAAAUCCAGUCAUCAUGGCACCUCAGCACAAGGUGGUUGUCUUAGGAGCUGGAGUGUCGGGUCUGACGGCAGCUUUCACAUUAUCGAAGAACAAGAACUAUAGCAUCACUGUUGCGGCGAAGCACAUGCCUGGAGACUAUGACAUUGAAUACGCAUCUCCAUGGGCCGGUGCAAACUAUUUACCUGUUGGCAAGGAAGGGACUCCAUCACAAGAGUAUGAGAGAAACACAUGGCCGGAACUAGCGAAGCUUGCUGAACAGCAUCCCGAAGCUGGUAUUCAUUUCCAAGACACUCUCAUCUAUCGCAGAGAAAAGGACAAGGGACCUGUUAGCGAAUGGUUUGCAGAACUCAUUCGUGAAGACGCUUGGUUCAGCAAGGUUGUGCCAAACUUCAAAGUUCUCAGUAAGGAAGAAUUGCCCGAAGGUAUGGAUGGCGGCACUUCCUUCACUUCGGUCUGUAUCAAUACUGCCAUCUAUCUCCCUUGGCUAGUCUCACAGUGCCUCAAGAAUGGCGUCAUAUUCAAGAGAGGCGUUGUAAAGCACAUUGCGGAUGCCACAUCACUGCAUCACUCUGGACAAAAGGCCGACCUGGUGGUGAACUGUACUGGCUUAUUCUCUCUGUUCAUGGAAGGCGUGCAAGACAAGAACAUGUACCCAGCUCGCGGACAGAUCGUUCUCGUGCGCAACGAUCCAGGAUACAUGGCCACCACUUCUGGAACAGACGAUGGCGAUGAUGAAGCAGUUUACAUUAUGCACCGUGCGGCGGGAGGUGGUUGUAUCCUCGGAGGUUGCUUGCAGGCAGACAGAUGGGACUCGGCCGUAGAUCCCAAUCUAGCGACCCGCAUCAUGAAGCGCGCAAUUGCCCUUACACCUAGUCUUGUACCCGAAGGCAAAGGCAUUGAGGCCCUGGAUAUCAUCAGACACGGCGUUGGGCUGAGACCAAUGCGCAAGGGCGGGAUCAGAACCGAGAGGGAGACCAUCAAGAGCCCAGAUGGCAAUGGGAUCAAGGUUGUCCACAGCAUCGGUCACGGAGGAUACGGAUAUCAGACUUCAUGGGGCUGCGCUGCCGCCGUAGUCAAGCUUGUCGAAGAGUCUCUGGCUGAAAGAGCUCGCCUGUAGAAGCUAGCCGUCCGAGAAGUCAGUGAACAGUACAUAAGAACAAUGAAAUUCUUGACAGAGGUGUGGUCUCUUCAGCUUCAGCUUCAGAUUCGUUUCAGCAUCAAGUUUUGUAUGGGCAUACGCGUGGAAACAAUGUGUGCACGCAGUUACGUGACUUUACGUAGCGUUC